AUUUUAAUUUCACGACGACGAUGGGUGACCGUCACGCACACGGCCAACAUCAACUUCAUGUUCAGCCACACCAGCAGCGCCUUCAUCAUGAUAUUGGUGGAAUGAAAAGUCAGAAAGGUCCUUCAGCUUCACAAAUCCUUGCUAUUGUAACUCUUCUACCUGUCGGUGGGACACUUCUUUGCCUUGCUGGCAUUACUCUUGUUGGCACUUUAAUUGGGCUUGCUGUUGCAACUCCAGUGUUUCUACUCUUUAGCCCAGUUCUUGUACCUGCUACUCUUACUCUUGGGCUUGCUGUUGCUGCCUUUUUGACUUCUGGUGCUUUUGGUAUUACUGGCCUUUCAUCUUUCUCUUGGAUCCUCAAUUAUUUCAGACAAGGUAAAUCGAUGGUCCCGGAGAGUAUGGAAGCGGCAAAGAGGCGCGUGGCGGAUGCUGCAGCGCACUUGGGGCAAAAGACAAAGGAUGCUGGACAAACAAUCCAGAGCAAAGCACAGGAAGGGAAAGAAGGAACCAAGACUAGUUAAUUUAAUUAUGUUAUUAAGUUGGAAAUAAAAAAAUGUAUGCUAUAA